GUCACAGACAAGCUGACUGCAACUGAAAACAUUUGCCUUAGCAAAGUUAACACAAGCUCUAUAACUUUGUGCACAAGGGUACAAGGAAGCAUAUACUGUAGCAACAUGGGGAGAGCAGCAGCAUGGAUCUAUCCCUUUCUUUUACUGGUUAAUAGUGACUUAAUUCGUGGAGAGAGUACAACAGCUACACCAAAUACUUCUAUUACACUUACGACUAAUGAGACAUCUACAUCACUUCAAACAACUACAGCACAUUCUCCCAUAUCCACUUCAGAAACAACAAGCAGAACAGAACCAACAACUACAGAGAAAUCCACACAGAUAUCAACAACGGAAUCUCCAACAACAACCUCAAUAACGGAGCUCAGUUCAACAGUACCAAUAACCACUAUGUCAAUUGCUCCUACUACAACUACUGCUGCUGAGAUAUCUACACCUGUACAGUCAACAACUACAACAUCAACCUUUACAUCCACUUCAGUACCAACAAACAUGACAGUAGCAACAACUGUAGUGAACUUGACUCAACUGCCAACAAGUGAACCAACAACAACAAUUUCAACAGCUGCCACUUCAAGCGCACCUACAACUACUCCUGCUGAGACAUCUUCUACGUCCAGUCAAUCAACAACUACAACACCAAUCUUUAAAUUCACAACAGCACCAACAAGUACACCAGAACCAACAACUACAGAGAGUUCCACUCAGCCAUUAACAUCUACAUCAAGUGAUCCUACUACUCUUGCUGAGACAUCUUCUCCAUCUGUGCAAUCAACAACUACAACCCCAAUCUCUACAUCCACAACAGCACCAACAAGUACAGCAGGACCAACAACUACAGAGAGUUCCACUCAGCCAUUGACAACCACAUCAAGUGAUCCUAUUUCUUCUGCUGUGACAUCUUCCACAGCUGGACAAUCAACAACUACAACACUAAUCUCUACAUCCACAACAGCAGCAAGAAUUACACCACAAUCAACAACUACAGAGAGUUCCACUCAGCCAUUAAAAACCACAUCAAGUGAUUCUAUUUCUUCUGCUGUGACAUCUUCCACAGCUGGACAAUCAACAACUACAACACCAAUCUCUACAUCCAAAACAGCACCAAGAAUUACAUCACAACCAACAACUACAGAGAGUUCCACUCAGCCAUUUACAACUACAUCAAGUGAUCCCACUACUACUGCUGAGACAUUCUCUGCAUCUGUACAAUCAACAACUACAACACCAAUCUUUACAUCCACAACAGCACCUACAAGUACACCAGAUCCAACAACUGCAGAGAGUUCCACUCAGCCAUCAACAAGUGAAUCCACAACAACAGGAAUCAGCUCAACAACAACAGGAGCCACAUCAAGUGAUUCUAUUUCUUCUGCUGUGACAUCUUCCACAGCUGGACAAUCAACAACUACAACACCAAUCUCUACAUCCAAAACAGCACCAAGAAUUACAUCACAACCAACAACUACAGAGAGUUCCACUCAGCCAUUUACAACUACAUCAAGUGAUCCCACUACUACUGCUGAGACAUUCUCUGCAUCUGUACAAUCAACAACUACAACACCAAUCUUUACAUCCACAACAGCACCUACAAGUACACCAGAUCCAACAACUGCAGAGAGUUCCACUCAGCCAUCAACAAGUGAAUCCACAACAACAGGAAUCAGCUCAACAACAACAGGAGCCACAUCAAGUGAUUCUAUUUCUUCUGCUGUGACAUCUUCCACAGCUGGACAAUCAACAACUACAACACCAAUCUCUACAUCCAAAACAGCACCAAGAAUUACAUCACAACCAACAACUACAGAGAGUUCCACUCAGCCAUUUACAACUACAUCAAGUGAUCCCACUACUACUGCUGAGACAUUCUCUGCAUCUGUACAAUCAACAACUACAACACCAAUCUUUACAUCCACAACAGCACCUACAAGUACACCAGAUCCAACAACUGCAGAGAGUUCCACUCAGCCAUCAACAAGUGAAUCCACAACAACAGGAAUCAGCUCAACAACAACAGGAGGUGCCACAUCAAGUGAUCCUAUUUCUUCUGCUGUGACAUCUUCCACAGCUGGACAAUCAACAACUACAACACCAAUCUCUACAUCCACAACAGCACCAAGAAUUACAUCACAACCAACAACUACAGAGAGUUCCACUCAGCCAUUUACAACUACAUCAAGUGAUCCCACUACUACUGCUGAGACAUUCUCUGCACCUGUACAAUCAACAACUACAACACCACUCUUUACAUCCACAACAGCAACUACAAUUACACCAGAUCCAACAACUGCAGAGAGUUCCACUCAGCCAUUAACAAGUGAAUCCACAACAACAGGAAUCAGCUCAACAACAACAAGAGCCACAUCAAGUGAUUCUAUUUCUUCUGCUGUGACAUCUUCCACAGCUGGACAAUCAACAACUACAACACCAAUCUCUACAUCCAAAACAGCACCAAGAAUUACAUCACAACCAACAACUACAGAGAGUUCCACUCAGCCAUUUACAACUACAUCAAGUGAUCCCACUACUACUGCUGAGACAUUCUCUGCAUCUGUACAAUCAACAACUACAACACCAAUCUUUACAUCCACAACAGCACCUACAAGUACAUCAGAUCCAACAACUGCAGAGAGUUCCACUCAGCCAUCAACAAGUGAAUCCACAACAACAGGAAUCAGCUCAACAACAACAGGAGCCACAUCAAGUGAUUCUAUUUCUUCUGCUGUGACAUCUUCCACAGCUGGACAAUCAACAACUACAACACCAAUCUCUACAUCCACAACAGCACCAAGAAUUACAUCACAACCAACAACUACAGAGAGUUCCACUCAGCCAUUUACAACUACAUCAAGUGAUCCCACUACUACUGCUGAGACAUUCUCUGCACCUGUACAAUCAACAACUACAACACCACUCUUUACAUCCACAACAGCAACUACAAUUACACCAGAUCCAACAACUGCAGAGAGUUCCACUCAGCCAUUAACAAGUGAAUCCACAACAACAGGAAUCAGCUCAACAACAACAAGAGCCACAUCAAGUGAUCCUAUUUCUUCUGCUGUGACAUCUUCCACAGCUGGACAAUCAACAACUACAACACCAAUCUCUACAUCCAAAACAGCACCAAGAAUUACAUCACAACCAAGAACUACAGAGAGUUCCACUCAGCCAUUUACAACCACAUCAAGUGAUUCUAUUUCUUCUGCUGUGACAUCUUCCACAGCUGGACAAUCAACAACUACAACACCAAUCUCUACAUCCAAAACAGCACCAAGAAUUACAUCACAACCAAGAACUACAGAGAGUUCCACUCAGCCAUUUACAACCACAUCAAGUGAUUCUAUUUCUUCUGCUGUGACAUCUUCCACAGCUGGACAAUCAACAACUACAACACCAAUCUCUACAUCCAAAACAGCACCAAGAAUUACAUCACAACCAACAACUACAGAGAGUUCCACUCAGCCAUUUACAACCACAUCAAGUGAUUCUAUUUCUUCUGCUGUGACAUCUUCCACAGCUGGACAAUCAACAACUACAACACCAAUCUCUACAUCCAAAACAGCACCAAGAAUUACAUCACAACCAACAACUACAGAGAGUUCCACUCAGCCAUUUACAACUACAUCAAGUGAUCCCACUACUACUGCUGAGACAUUCUCUGCAUCUGUACAAUCAACAACUACAACACCAAUCUUUACAUCCACAACAGCACCUACAAGUACACCAGAUCCAACAACUGCAGAGAGUUCCACUCAGCCAUCAACAAGUGAAUCCACAACAACAGGAAUCAGCUCAACAACAACAGGAGCCACAUCAAGUGAUUCUAUUUCUUCUGCUGUGACAUCUUCCACAGCUGGACAAUCAACAACUACAACACCAAUCUCUACAUCCAAAACAUCACCAAGAAUUACAUCACAACCAACAACUACAGAGAGUUCCACUCAGCCAUUUACAACUACAUCAAGUGAUCCCACUACUACUGCUGAGACAUUCUCUGCAUCUGUACAAUCAACAACUACAACACCAAUCUUUACAUCCACAACAGCACCUACAAGUACACCAGAUCCAACAACUGCAGAGAGUUCCACUCAGCCAUCAACAAGUGAAUCCACAACAACAGGAAUCAGCUCAACAACAACAGGAGGUGCCACAUCAAGUGAUCCUAUUUCUUCUGCUGUGACAUCUUCCACAGCUGGACAAUCAACAACUACAACACCAAUCUCUACAUCCACAACAGCACCAAGAAUUACAUCACAACCAACAACUACAGAGAGUUCCACUCAGCCAUUUACAACCACAUCAAGUGAUUCUAUUUCUUCUGCUGUGACAUCUUCCACAGCUGGACAAUCAACAACUACAACACCAAUCUCUACAUCCACAACAGCACCAAGAAUUACAUCACAACCAACAACUACAGAGAGUUCCACUCAGCCAUUUACAACUACAUCAAGUGAUCCCACUACUACUGCUGAGACAUUCUCUGCAUCUGUACAAUCAACAACUACAACACCACUCUUUACAUCCACAAUAGCAACUACAAUUACACCAGAUCCAACAACUGCAGAGAGUUCCACUCAGCCAUUAACAAGUGAAUCCACAACAACAGGAAUCAGCUCAACAACAACAGGAGCCACAUCAAGUGAUUCUAUUUCUUCUGCUGUGACAUCUUCCACAGCUGGACAAUCAACAACUACAACACCAAUCUCUACAUCCACAACAGCACCAAGAAUUACAUCACAACCAACAACUACAGAGAGUUCCACUCAGCCAUUUACAACUACAUCAAGUGAUCCCACUACUACUGCUGAGACAUUCUCUGCACCUGUACAAUCAACAACUACAACACCACUCUUUACAUCCACAACAGCAACUACAAUUACACCAGAUCCAACAACUGCAGAGAGUUCCACUCAGCCAUUAACAAGUGAAUCCACAACAACAGGAAUCAGCUCAACAACAACAAGAGCCACAUCAAGUGAUUCUAUUUCUUCUGCUGUGACAUCUUCCACAGCUGGACAAUCAACAACUACAACACCAAUCUCUACAUCCAAAACAGCACCAAGAAUUACAUCACAACCAACAACUACAGAGAGUUCCACUCAGCCAUUUACAACUACAUCAAGUGAUCCCACUACUACUGCUGAGACAUUCUCUGCACCUGUACAAUCAACAACUACAACACCACUCUUUACAUCCACAACAGCAACUACAAUUACACCAGAUCCAACAACUGCAGAGAGUUCCACUCAGCCAUCAACAAGUGAAUCCACAACAACAGGAAUCAGCUCAACAACAACAGGAGCCACAUCAAGUGAUUCUAUUUCUUCUGCUGUGACAUCUUCCACAGCUGGACAAUCAACAACUACAACACCAAUCUCUACAUCCACAACAGCACCAAGAAUUACAUCACAACCAACAACUACAGAGAGUUCCACUCAGCCAUUUACAACUACAUCAAGUGAUCCCACUACUACUGCUGAGACAUUCUCUGCAUCUGUACAAUCAACAACUACAACACCACUCUUUACAUCCACAACAGCAACUACAAUUACACCAGAUCCAACAACUGCAGAGAGUUCCACUCAGCCAUUAACAAGUGAAUCCACAACAACAGGAAUCAGCUCAACAACAACAGGAGCCACAUCAAGUGAUUCUAUUUCUUCUGCUGUGACAUCUUCCACAGCUGGACAAUCAACAACUACAACACCAAUCUCUACAUCCACAACAGCACCAAGAAUUACAUCACAACCAACAACUACAGAGAGUUCCACUCAGCCAUUUACAACUACAUCAAGUGAUCCCACUACUACUGCUGAGACAUUCUCUGCACCUGUACAAUCAACAACUACAACACCACUCUUUACAUCCACAACAGCAACUACAAUUACACCAGAUCCAACAACUGCAGAGAGUUCCACUCAGCCAUUAACAAGUGAAUCCACAACAACAGGAAUCAGCUCAACAACAACAGGAGCCACAUCAAGUGAUCCUAUUUCUUCUGCUGUGACAUCUUCCACAGCUGGACAAUCAACAACUACAACACCAAUCUCUACAUCCACAACAGCACCAAGAAUUACAUCACAACCAACAACUACAGAGAGUUCCACUCAGCCAUUUACAACUACAUCAAGUGAUCCCACUACUACUGCUGAGACAUUCUCUGCAUCUGUACAAUCAACAACUACAACACCACUCUUUACAUCCACAACAGCAACUACAAUUACACCAGAUCCAACAACUGCAGAGAGUUCCACUCAGCCAUUAACAAGUGAAUCCACAACAACAGGAAUCAGCUCAACAACAACAGGAGCCACAUCAAGUGAUCCUAUUUCUUCUGCUGUGACAUCUUCCACAGCUGGACAAUCAACAACUACAACACCAAUCUCUACAUCCACAACAGCACCAAGAAUUACAUCACAACCAACAACUACAGAGAGUUCUACUCAGACAUUUACAACUACAUCAAGUGAUCCCACUACUACUGCUGAGACAUUCUCUGCACCUGUACAAUCAACAACUACAACACCACUCUUUACAUCCACAACAGCAACUACAAUUACACCAGAUCCAACAACUGCAGAGAGUUCCACUCAGCCAUUAACAAGUGAAUCCACAACAACAGGAAUCAGCUCAACAACAACAAGAGGUGCCACAUCAAGUGAUCCUAUUACUUCUUCUGUGACAUCUUCUAACCCUGUACAAUCAACAACUACAACACCAAUCUUUACAUCCAUAAUAGGACCAAGAAUUACACCACAGCCAACAACUGCAGAGAGUUCUACUCAGCCAUUAACAAGUGAGUUUUCAACUACAGGAAUCAGUUCAACAACAGGAGAUGUCAAUGAAUGUGCAACCAACACAUCAACCUGUCAACAAAUCUGCAUCAAUACAAUUGGAAGCUUCAACUGCAGUUGCUAUCCUGGAUUUAGCACCAAUGUGACAAACACUUCUCGUUGUGAUGAUAUUGAUGAAUGUGCAACCAACACAUCAACCUGUCAACAAAUCUGCACCAAUACAAUUGGAAGCUUCAAUUGCAGUUGCGAUCCUGGAUUUAGCACCAAUGAGACAAACACUUCUCUUUGUGAUGAUAUCGAUGAAUGUGCAACCAACACAUCAACCUGUCAACAAAUCUGCACCAAUACAAUUGGAAGCUUCAAUUGCAGUUGCCAUCCUGGAUUUAGCACCAAUGUGACAAACACUUCUCUUUGUGAUGAUAUCGAUGAAUGUGCAACCAACACAUCAACCUGUCAACAAAUCUGCACCAAUACAAAUGGAAGCUUCAAUUGCAGUUGCCAUCCUGGAUUUAACACCAAUGUGACAAACACUUCUCUUUGUGAUGAUAUCGAUGAAUGUGCAACCAACACAUCAACCUGUCAACAAAUCUGCACCAAUACAAUUGGAAGCUUCAAUUGCAGUUGCCAUCCUGGAUUUAACCCCAAUAUGACAAACACUUCUCAUUGUGAUGAUAUCGAUGAAUGUGCAACCAAUACAUCAACCUGUCAACAAAUCUGCACCAAUACAAUUGGAAGCUUCAAUUGCAGUUGCCAUCCUGGAUUUAGUCCCAGUGUGACAAACACUUCUCUUUGUGAUGAUAUCGAUGAAUGUGCAACUAACACAUCAACCUGUCAACAAAUCUGCACCAAUACAAUUGGAGGCUUCAAUUGCAGUUGCGAUCCUGGAUAUAGCACCAAUGUGACAAACACUUCUCAUUGUGACGAUAUUGAUGAAUGUGCAACCAACACAUCAACCUGUCAACAAAUCUGCACCAAUACAAUUGGAAGCUUCAAUUGCAGUUGCGAUCCUGGAUUUAGCACCAAUGUGACAAACACUUCUCUUUGUGAUGUUAUCGAUGAAUGUGCAACUAACUCAUCAACCUGUCAACAAAUCUGCACCAAUACAAUUGGAAGCUUCAAUUGCAGUUGCCAUCCUGGAUUUAGCACCAAUGUGACAAACACUUCUCUUUGUGAUGAUAUUGAUGAAUGUGCAACCAACACAUCAACCUGUCAACAAACCUGCACCAAUACAAUUGGAAGCUUCAACUGCAGUUGCCAUCCUGGAUUUAGCACCAAUGUGACAAACACUUCUCUUUGUGAUGAUAUCGAUGAAUGUACAACCAACACAUCAACCUGUCAACAAAUCUGUACCAAUACAAUUGGAAGCUUCAAUUGCAGUUGCCGUCCUGGGUUUAGCACCAAUGUUACAAACGCUUCUUUUUGUGAUGAUAUUGAUGAAUGUGCAACCAACAUAUCAACCUGUCAACAAAUCUGCACCAAUACGAUUGGAAGCUUCAAUUGCAGUUGCAAUCCUGGCUUUAGCACCAACGUGACAAACACUUCUCUUUGUGAUGAUAUCGAUGAAUGUGCAAACAGCACAUCAACCUGUCAACAAAUCUGCACCAAUACAAUUGGAAGCUUCAAUUGCAGUUGCCAUCCUAGAUUUAGCACCAAUGUGACAAACACUUCUCUUUGUGAUGAUAUUGAUGAAUGUGCAACCAACACAUCAACCUGUCAUCAAAUCUGUACCAAUACAAUUGGAAGCUUCAAUUGCAGUUGCCGUCCUGGGUUUACCACCAAUGUUACAAAUGCUUUUCUUUGUGAUGAUAUUGAUGAAUGUGCAACCAGCACAUCAACCUGUCAACAAAUCUGCACCAAUACAAUUGGAAGCUUCAAUUGCAGUUGCAUUCCUGGCUUUAGCAGCAAUGUGACAAACACUUCUCUUUGUGAUGAUAUUGAUGAAUGUGCAAUCAACACAUCAACCUGUCAACAAAUCUGCACGAAUACAAUUGGAAGCUUCAAUUGCAGUUGCCGUCCUGGAUUUAGCACCAAUGUGACAAACACCUCUCAUUGUGAUGAUAUUGAUGAAUGUGCAACCAACACAUCAACCUGUCAUCAAAUCUGUACCAAUAGAAUUGGAAGAUUCAAUUGCAGUUGCCGUCCUGAGUUUACCACCAAUGUUACAAACACUUCUCUUUGUGAUGAUAUUGAUGAAUGUGCAACCAACACAUCAACCUGUCAACAAAUCUGCACCAAUACAAUUGGAAGCUUCAAUUGCAGUUGCCAUCCUGGAUUUAGCACCAAUGUGACAAACACUUCUCAUUGUGAUGAUAUUGAUGAAUGUGCAACCAACACAUCAACCUGUCAUCAAAUCUGUACCAAUACAAUUGGAAGCUUCAUUUGCAGUUGCCGUCCUGGGUUUACAACCAAUGUUACAAACACUUCACUUUGUGAUGAUAUUGAUGAAUGUGCAACCAACACAUCAACCUGUCAACAAAUCUGCACCAAUACAAUUGGAAGCUUCAAUUGCAGUUGCGAUCCUGGAUUUGGCACCAAUGUGACAAACACUUCUCUUUGUAAUGAUAUUGAUGAAUGUGCAACCAACACAUCAACCUGUCAACAAAUCUGCACCAAUACAAUUGGAAGCUUCAAUUGCAGUUGCCUUCCUGGAUUUGGCACCAAUGUGACAAACACUUCUCUUUGUAAUGAUCUUGAUGAAUGUGCAACCAACACAUCAACCUGUCAUCAAGUCUGUAGCAAUACAAUUGGAAGUUUCAAUUGCAGUUGCCUUCCUGGGUUUACCACCAAUGUUACAAACGCUUCUCUUUGUGAUGAUAUUGAUGAAUGUGCAGCCAACACAUCAACCUGUCAACAAAUCUGCACCAAUACAAUUGGAAGCUUCAAUUGCAGUUGCGAUCCUGGAUUUGGCACCAAUGUGACAAACACUUCUCUUUGUAAUGAUAUUGAUGAAUGUGCAACCAGCACAUUAACCUGUCAACAAAUCUGCACCAAUACAAUUGGAAGCUUCAAUUGCAGUUGCCAUCCUGGAUUUAGCACCAAUGUGACAAACACUUCUCAUUGUGAUGAUCUUGAUGAAUGUGCAACCAACACAUCAACCUGUCAUCAAGUCUGUAGCAAUACAAUUGGAAGUUUCAAUUGCAGUUGCCUUCCUGGGUUUACCACCAAUGUUACAAACGCUUCUCUUUGUGAUGAUAUUGAUGAAUGUGCAGCCAACACAUCAACCUGUCAACAAAUCUGCACCAAUACAAUUGGAAGCUUCAAUUGCAGUUGCGAUCCUGGAUUUGGCACCAAUGUGACAAACACUUCUCUUUGUAAUGAUAUUGAUGAAUGUGCAACCAGCACAUCAACCUGUCAACAAAUCUGCACCAAUACAAUUGGAAGCUUCAAUUGCAGUUGCCAUCCUGGAUUUAGCACCAAUGUGACAAACACUUCUCAUUGUGAUGAUCUUGAUGAAUGUGCAACCAACACAUCAACCUGUCAUCAAGUCUGUAGCAAUACAAUUGGAAGUUUCAAUUGCAGUUGCCGUCCUGGGUUUACCACCAAUGUUACAAACGCUUCUCUUUGUGAUGAUAUUGAUGAAUGUGCAGCCAACACAUCAACCUGUCAACAAAUCUGCACCAAUACAAUUGGAAGCUUCAAUUGCAGUUGCGAUCCUGGAUUUGGCACCAAUGUGACAAACACUUCUCUUUGUAAUGAUAUUGAUGAAUGUGCAACCAGCACAUCAACCUGUCAACAAAUCUGCACCAAUACAAUUGGAAGCUUCAAUUGCAGUUGCCAUCCUGGAUUUAGCACCAAUGUGACAAACACUUCUCAUUGUGAUGAUAUUGAUGAAUGUGCAACCAACACAUCAACCUGUCAUCAAAUCUGUAGCAAUACAAUUGGAAGCUUCAAUUGCAGUUGCCGUCCUGGGUUUACCACCAAUGUUACAAACACUUCACUUUGUGAUGAUAUUGAUGAAUGUGCAACCAACACAUCAACCUGUCAACAAAUCUGCACCAAUACAAUUGGAAGCUUCAAUUGCAGUUGCGAUCCUGGAUUUGGCACCAAUGUGACAAACACUUCUCUUUGUAAUGAUAUUGAUGAAUGUGCAACCAACACAUCAACCUGUCAACAAAUCUGCACCAAUACAAUUGGAAGCUUCAAUUGCAGUUGCCAUCCUGGAUUUAGCACCAAUGUGACAAACACUUCUCAUUGUGAUGAUCUUGAUGAAUGUGCAACCAACACAUCAACCUGUCAUCAAAUCUGUACCAAUACAAUUGGAAGCUUCAUUUGCAGUUGCCGUCCUGGGUUUACCACCAAUGUUACAAACACUUCACUUUGUGAUGAUAUUGAUGAAUGUGCAACCAACACAUUAACCUGUCAACAAAUCUGCACCAAUACAAUUGGAAGCUUCAAUUGCAGUUGCGAUCCUGGAUUUGGCACCAAUGUGACAAACACUUCUCUUUGUAAUGAUAUUGAUGAAUGUGCAACCAGCACAUCAACCUGUCAACAAAUCUGCACCAAUACAAUUGGAAGCUUCAAUUGCAGUUGCCAUCCUGGAUUUAGCACCAAUGUGACAAACACUUCUCAUUGUGAUGAUCUUGAUGAAUGUGCAACCAACACAUCAACCUGUCAUCAAGUCUGUAGCAAUACAAUUGGAAGUUUCAAUUGCAGUUGCCGUCCUGGGUUUACCACCAAUGUUACAAACGCUUCUCUUUGUGAUGAUAUUGAUGAAUGUGCAGCCAACACAUCAACCUGUCAACAAAUCUGCACCAAUACAAUUGGAAGCUUCAAUUGCAGUUGCGAUCCUGGAUUUGGCACCAAUGUGACAAACACUUCUCUUUGUAAUGAUAUUGAUGAAUGUGCAACCAGCACAUCAACCUGUCAACAAAUCUGCACCAAUACAAUUGGAAGCUUCAAUUGCAGUUGCCAUCCUGGAUUUAGCACCAAUGUGACAAACACUUCUCAUUGUGAUGAUCUUGAUGAAUGUGCAACCAACACAUCAACCUGUCAUCAAGUCUGUAGCAAUACAAUUGGAAGCUUCAAUUGCAGUUGCCGUCCUGGGUUUACCACCAAUGUUACAAACGCUUCUUUUUGUGAUGAUAUUGUUGAAUGUGCAACCAACACAUCAACCUGUCAACAAAUCUGCACCAAUACAAUUGGAAGCUUCAAUUGCAGUUGCGAUCCUGGAUUUGGCACCAAUGUGACAAACACUUCUCUUUGUAAUGAUAUUGAUGAAUGUGCAACCAGCACAUCAACCUGUCAACAAAUCUGCACCAAUACAAUUGGAAGCUUCAAUUGCAGUUGCCAUCCUGGAUUUAGCACCAAUGUGACAAACACUUCUCAUUGUGAUGAUAUUGAUGAAUGUGCAACCAACACAUCAACCUGUCAUCAAAUCUGUAGCAAUACAAUUGGAAGCUUCAAUUGCAGUUGCCGUCCUGGGUUUACCACCAAUGUUACAAACACUUCACUUUGUGAUGAUAUUGAUGAAUGUGCAACCAACACAUCAACCUGUCAACAAAUCUGCACCAAUACAAUUGGAAGCUUCAAUUGCAGUUGCGAUCCUGGAUUUGGCACCAAUGUGACAAACACUUCUCUUUGUAAUGAUAUUGAUGAAUGUGCAACCAACACAUCAACCUGUCAACAAAUCUGCACCAAUACAAUUGGAAGCUUCAAUUGCAGUUGCCAUCCUGGAUUUAGCACCAAUGUGACAAACACUUCUCAUUGUGAUGAUCUUGAUGAAUGUGCAACCAACACAUCAACCUGUCAUCAAAUCUGUACCAAUACAAUUGGAAGCUUCAUUUGCAGUUGCCGUCCUGGGUUUACCACCAAUGUUACAAACACUUCACUUUGUGAUGAUAUUGAUGAAUGUGCAACCAACACAUUAACCUGUCAACAAAUCUGCACCAAUACAAUUGGAAGCUUCAAUUGCAGUUGCGAUCCUGGAUUUGGCACCAAUGUGACAAACACUUCUCUUUGUAAUGAUAUUGAUGAAUGUGCAACCAGCACAUCAACCUGUCAACAAAUCUGCACCAAUACAAUUGGAAGCUUCAAUUGCAGUUGCCAUCCUGGAUUUAGCACCAAUGUGACAAACACUUCUCAUUGUGAUGAUCUUGAUGAAUGUGCAACCAACACAUCAACCUGUCAUCAAAUCUGUACCAAUACAAUUGGAAGCUUCAUUUGCAGUUGCCGUCCUGGGUUUACCACCAAUGUUACAAACACUUCACUUUGUGAUGAUAUUGAUGAAUGUGCAACCAACACAUUAACCUGUCAACAAAUCUGCACCAAUACAAUUGGAAGCUUCAAUUGCAGUUGCGAUCCUGGAUUUGGCACCAAUGUGACAAACACUUCUCUUUGUAAUGAUAUUGAUGAAUGUGCAACCAGCACAUCAACCUGUCAACAAAUCUGCACCAAUACAAUUGGAAGCUUCAAUUGCAGUUGCCAUCCUGGAUUUAGCACCAAUGUGACAAACACUUCUCAUUGUGAUGAUCUUGAUGAAUGUGCAACCAACACAUCAACCUGUCAUCAAGUCUGUAGCAAUACAAUUGGAAGUUUCAAUUGCAGUUGCCGUCCUGGGUUUACCACCAAUGUUACAAACGCUUCUCUUUGUGAUGAUAUUGAUGAAUGUGCAGCCAACACAUCAACCUGUCAACAAAUCUGCACCAAUACAAUUGGAAGCUUCAAUUGCAGUUGCGAUCCUGGAUUUGGCACCAAUGUGACAAACACUUCUCUUUGUAAUGAUAUUGAUGAAUGUGCAACCAGCACAUCAACCUGUCAACAAAUCUGCACCAAUACAAUUGGAAGCUUCAAUUGCAGUUGCCAUCCUGGAUUUAGCACCAAUGUGACAAACACUUCUCAUUGUGAUGAUCUUGAUGAAUGUGCAACCAACACAUCAACCUGUCAUCAAGUCUGUAGCAAUACAAUUGGAAGCUUCAAUUGCAGUUGCCGUCCUGGGUUUACCACCAAUGUUACAAACGCUUCUUUUUGUGAUGAUAUUGUUGAAUGUGCAACCAACACAUCAACCUGUCAACAAAUCUGCACCAAUACAAUUGGAAGCUUCAAUUGCAGUUGCGAUCCUGGAUUUGGCACCAAUGUGACAAACACUUCUCUUUGUAAUGAUAUUGAUGAAUGUGCAACCAGCACAUCAACCUGUCAACAAAUCUGCACCAAUACAAUUGGAAGCUUCAAUUGCAGUUGCCAUCCUGGAUUUAGCACCAAUGUGACAAACACUUCUCAUUGUGAUGAUAUUGAUGAAUGUGCAACCAACACAUCAACCUGUCAUCAAAUCUGUAGCAAUACAAUUGGAAGCUUCAAUUGCAGUUGCCGUCCUGGGUUUACCACCAAUGUUACAAACACUUCACUUUGUGAUGAUAUUGAUGAAUGUGCAACCAACACAUCAACCUGUCAACAAAUCUGCACCAAUACAAUUGGAAGCUUCAAUUGCAGUUGCGAUCCUGGAUUUGGCACCAAUGUGACAAACACUUCUCUUUGUAAUGAUAUUGAUGAAUGUGCAACCAACACAUCAACCUGUCAACAAAUCUGCACCAAUACAAUUGGAAGCUUCAAUUGCAGUUGCCAUCCUGGAUUUAGCACCAAUGUGACAAACACUUCUCAUUGUGAUGAUCUUGAUGAAUGUGCAACCAACACAUCAACCUGUCAUCAAAUCUGUACCAAUACAAUUGGAAGCUUCAUUUGCAGUUGCCGUCCUGGGUUUACCACCAAUGUUACAAACACUUCACUUUGUGAUGAUAUUGAUGAAUGUGCAACCAACACAUUAACCUGUCAACAAAUCUGCACCAAUACAAUUGGAAGCUUCAAUUGCAGUUGCGAUCCUGGAUUUGGCACCAAUGUGACAAACACUUCUCUUUGUAAUGAUAUUGAUGAAUGUGCAGCCAACACAUCAACCUGUCAACAAAUCUGCACCAAUACAAUUGGAAGCUUCAAUUGCAGUUGCGAUCCUGGAUUUGGCACCAAUGUGACAAACACUUCUCUUUGUAAUGAUAUUGAUGAAUGUGCAAUCAACACAUCAACCUGUCAACAAAUCUGCACCAAUACAAUUGGAAGAUUCAAUUGCAGUUGCCAUCCUGGAUUUAGCACCAAUGUGACAAACACUUCUCAUUGUGAUGAUAUUGAUGAAUGUGCAACCAACACAUCAACCUGUCAUCAAAUCUGUACCAAUACAAUUGGAAGCUUCAAUUGCAGUUGCCGUCCUGGGUUUACCACCAAUGUUACAAACGCUUCUCUUUGUGAUGAUAUUGAUGAAUGUGCAACCAACACAUCAACCUGUCAACAAAUCUGCACCAAUACAAUUGGAGGCUUCAAUUGCAGUUGCGAUCCUGGAUUUGGCACCAAUGUGACAAACACUUCUCUUUGUAAUGAAGUAGAUGAAUGUGCAAUCAACACAUCAACCUGUCAACAAAUCUGCACGAAUAUAAUUGGAAGCUUCAAUUGCAGUUGCCAUCCCGGAUUUAGCACCAACCUGACAAACACUUCUCAUUGUGAUGAUAUUGAUGAAUGUGCAACCAACACAUCAACCUGUCAUCAAAUCUGUACCAAUACAAUUGGAAGCUUCAAUUGCAGCUGUCGUCCUGGGUUUACCACCAAUGUUACAAAUACUUCUCUUUGUGAUGAUGUUGAUGAAUGUACAACCAACACAUCAACCUGUCAACAAAUCUGCACCAAUACAAUUGGAAGCUUCAACUGCAGUUGCGAUCCUGGAUUUAGCACCAAUGUGACAAACACUUCUCUUUGUGAUGAUAUUGAUGAAUGUGCAAUCAACACAUCAACCUGUCAACAAAUCUGCACCAAUACAAUUGGAGGUUUCAAUUGCAGUUGCCAUCCUGGAUUUAGCACCAAUGUGACAAACACUUCUCAUUGUGAUGAUAUUGAUGAAUGUGCAACCAACACAUCAACCUGUCAUCAAAUCUGUACCAAUACAAUUGGAAGCUUCAAUUGCAGUUGCCGUCCUGGGUUUACCACCAAUGUGACAAACACUUCUUUUUGUGAUGAUGUUGAUGAAUGUGCAACCAACACAUCAACCUGUCAACAAAUCUGCACCAAUACAAUUGGAAGCUUCAAUUGCAGUUGCGAUCCUGGAUUUAGCACCAAUGUGACAAACACUUCUCUUUGUAAUGAUAUUGAUGAAUGUGCAACCAACACAUCAACCUGUCAUCAAAUCUGUACCAAUACAAUUGGAAGCUUCAUUUGCAGUUGCCGUCCUGGGUUUACCACCAAUGUUACAAACACUCCUCUUUGUGAUGAUAUUGAUGAAUGUGCAACCAACACAUCAACCUGUCAACAAAUCUGCACCAAUACAAUUGGAAGCUUCAAUUGCAGUUGCGAUCCUGGAUUUGGCACCAAUGUGACAAACACUUCUCUUUGUAAUGAUAUUGAUGAAUGUGCAAUCAACACAUCAACCUGUCAACAAAUCUGCACGAAUACAAUUGGAAGCUUCAAUUGCAGUUGUGUUCCUGGAUUUAGCACCAAUGUGACAAACAAUUCUCAUUGUGAUGAUAUUGAUGAAUGUGCAACCAACACAUCAACCUGUCAACAAAUCUGCACCAAUACAAUUGGGAGCUUCAAUUGCAGUUGCCAUCCUGGAUUUGGCACCAAUGUGACAAACACUUCUCUUUGUAAUGAUAUUGAUGAAUGUGCAAUCAACACAUCAACCUGUCAACAAAUCUGUACCAAUACAAUUGGAAGCUUCAACUGCAGUUGCCAUCCUGGAUUUAGCACCAAUGUGACAAACACUUCUCUUUGUGAUGAUAUUGAUGAAUGUGCAACCAACACAUCAACCUGUCAUCAAAUCUGUACCAAUACAAUUGGAAGCUUCAAUUGCAGUUGCCGUCCUGGGUUUACCACCAAUGUUACAAACACUUCUCUUUGUGAUGAUAUUGAUGAAUGUGCAAUCAACAUGUCAACCUGUCAACAAAUCUGCACCAAUACAAUUGGAAGCUUCAAUUGCAGUUGCCAUCCUGGAUUUAGCAUCAAUGUUACAAACACUUCUCAUUGUGAUGAUAUUGAUGAAUGUGCAACCAACACAUCAGCCUGUCAUCAAAUCUGUACCAAUACAAUUGGAAGCUUCAAUUGCAGUUGCCGUCCUGGGUUUGCCACCAAUGUUAAAAAUACUUCUCUUUGUGAUGACAUCAAUGAAUGUGCAACCAACACAUCAACCUGUCAUCAAAUCUGUACCAAUACAAUUGGAAGCUUCAAUUGUAGUUGCUGUCCUGGGUUUACCACCAAUGUUACAAACGCUUCUCUUUGUGAUGAUAUUGAUGAAUGUGCAACCAACACAUCAACCUGUCAACAAAUCUGCACCAAUACAAUUGGAAGCUUCAAUUGCAGUUGCGAUCCUGGAUUUAGCACCAAUGUGACAAACACUUCUCUUUGUGAUGAUAUUGAUGAAUGUGCAGCCAACACAUCAACCUGUCCUCAAAUCUGCACCAAUACAAUUGGAAGCUUCAAUUGCAGUUGCGAUCCUGGAUUUGGCACCAAUGUGACAAACACUUCUCUUUGUAAUGAUAUCGAUGAAUGUACAACCAACACACCAACCUGUCAACAAAUCUGCACCAAUACAAUUGGAAGCUUCAAUUGCAGUUGCCGUCCUGGAUUUAGCACCAAUGUGACAAACACUUCUCAUUGUGAUGAUAUCGAUGAAUGUGCAACCAACACAUCAACCUGUCAACAAAUGUGCACCAACACAAUUGGAAGCUUCAAUUGCACUUGCCACCCUGGCUUCAGCAUAAACAUGACAAACACAUCUCUUUGUAAUGAUGUCGAUGAAUGUGCAACCAACACAUCAACCUGUCAUCAAAUCUGUACCAAUACAAUUGGAAGCUUCAAUUGCAGUUGCAAUCCUGGAUUUAGCACCAAUGUGACAAACACUUCUCUUUGUGAUGAUAUUGAUGAAUGUGCAACCACCACAUCAAACUGUCAACAAAUCUGCACCAAUACAAUUGGAAGCUUCAAUUGCAGUUGUCAUCCUGGAUUUAGCACCAAUUUGACAAACACAUCUCGUUGUGAAGAUAUCGAUGAAUGUUUAACCAAGACAUCAACCUGUCAACAAAUCUGCACCAAUACAAUUGGAAGCUUCAAUUGCAGUUGCGAUCCUGGAUUUAGCACCAAUGUUACAAACACUUCUCUUUGUGAUGCACAACGCAAAGUUAUCCUAAGGGUUACUGUCACAAGUGAGAAUUUGAAUUUGGUUGAUCAACAAAUCAGAGAGAAAGUUCUUCAAAGACUUCACGUUCUAGCUAACAACAAUAUCCAACAGCAAAGACAGGGGAGAAUUACAGCUAAAUGAAACCUUCAACUUAUUUCAUUAAUACACUCCACACCUCAACCCGAAUAACAGAGUGUGACCUCAAAGUGGAACAAGAAUGUCUCAUUGCUGUACUAUUUAAAUUAAUAUUAAUUUUAUAUUGGACACCUUCUGUAUGGCCUCUACUACCUAUAAUCUAGUUGUAUAAUUGCUGAUUUAUCAAUAUGAAUGGAAAUUUCAUUAAACCAGAAAGAUUAACAUUU